AUGACUAGCACACCCUCCGCAGCCCGCGAGAUUCCACUUCGCAACGGCAACGGCAAUGGCAGCACAAACCCAGGCGAAGACCUUACACGGACUGUCUCCAGCUCGUUCGGCACAUUAGACAAUCUCUCUAAAUCUCCUACAGCUACUUUCCACAGCACACCCUCGAGCUAUGGAGGACACCAAAAGCCGUCAACCAAGCAGCUGAAGCCCUUCCACACCGAAGACAUUAAAAUCCUGCUCCUCGAGAACGUGAACAAGACCGGCCAGGAAAUCCUCCGGAAACAGGGCUACCAGGUCGAAGCACUCAAGAGCUCGUUACCUGAAGAUCAGCUGAUCGAGAAGAUCCGGGACGUGCAUGUCAUCGGUAUCAGGUCAAAAACACAGCUCACAGCGAGUGUCCUCAAGCAUGCCAAGAACCUAAUCGUAAUCGGCUGCUUCUGUAUCGGUACCAAUCAAGUCGAUCUCAAAUACGCGGCCGAGAAUGGUAUCUGCGUCUUCAACUCGCCCUUCAGCAACUCGAGAUCGGUGGCAGAACAGAUGAUUGGCACCAUUAUCAUGCUGGCUAGGCAAAUUGGUGACCGCAGCAACGAGCUACACCAAGGCAUCUGGAACAAGGUAUCAGCAGGAUGCUGGGAGGUGCGAGGCAAGACGCUGGGUAUAGUCGGAUACGGACAUGUGGGCAGUCAGCUGUCAGUCCUGGCCGAGUCGAUGGGCAUGAAGGUGAUAUACUUCGAUGUAGUCAACCUAAUGAGCAUGGGCACAUCUUCGCAAGUACACAGCCUGGAUGAGCUGCUCAAGCAGGCCGACUUUGUCACGCUACAUGUGCCUGAGAUCCCGGAGACGAGGAACAUGAUUUCGACACACCAACUCGAGCAGAUGAAGCAGGGCUCAUAUCUACUUAACGCAUCGCGAGGCAGUGUAGUCGACAUUCCGGCUCUGAUCAAAGCAAUGCAAGCUGGUAAGCUUGGCGGUGCAGCUCUCGAUGUUUACCCGAACGAGCCCGCUGGAAAUGGACCACACUUCAACAAUGAUCUCAAUGACUUUACCGAGGACCUACGAAAGCUGAAAAAUGUCAUCCUCACACCCCAUAUUGGUGGCUCGACCGAAGAAGCACAGUCUGCGAUUGGCGUUGAGGUAGCAGAGUCGCUACUCAACUACGUCAACCUAGGCACGACUUCCGGCGCUGUCAACAUGCCAGAAGUCUCAUUGCGCAGCCUGACAUUGGACGAGCCAAACCACUUGCGUGUGGUCUAUAUCCACAAGAACGUGCCUGGUGUGCUGCGCCGGGUUAACGAGAUCUUGGGUGAUCACAACGUCGACAAGCAGAUGACUGAUUCUCGUGGCGAUGUUGCAUAUCUGAUGGCGGAUAUCUCGAACGUCAACAUAUCGGAGAUCAAGGCCCUGUAUCAGAGCCUUGAGGAUCUUGGAAGCCGUAUUAGGACGAGGGUGCUGUACUAA